AAUGCUAGGUUGGGGGCUGGACGCUCAGGGAUAUGCUGCUCUCCUUGGUGUCUGCUGCUCAAUGUGCUUCUGGAACAUUUGAUGGCCCGCAAGAGUCCGCUGUGUUUAAAGUUGACCCAAAACAGUGCUCUGUGAUUGAACAUCAAGGCAGCGGGGGGGAAAAGACUUGAAGUUAAGGUUGAGGAAGAUGAUGCAGCACAUCCUUACUCACGGGACACUGUGGCGGAUGGUGGCUGUGCGCUCAUGCUCAGUGGGUGCAGCUGUUCUUGAACAUCAACUGGCGCCCAGGUUCUGUAUUCUCCGUCUGUCGCUGCUACAGCCUGUUGGCCAACGAUGGGUCUCUGCUUCAGCUUCCUGCAAAGUAGCAGAUCAGCCUAAGGAGUCUCCACGUGAUGACAGGGUGUAUCCUGCGUCUACAACUCCAUCACCGAACACCUCGAAAGAGGAGGCUGAGUGUGUAGAUGUGGACCCGCUGCAGGACAAGUCCAUCAGCCUUUUCCAGAGGUUUAAGAAGACCUUUAAGCAGUAUGGGAAGGUGAUGAUACCCGUCCAUCUGGCAACGUCCUCCGUCUGGUUUGGAACCUUCUAUUAUGCUGCCAUGCAUGGUGUGAAUGUGGUGCCGUUCUUGGAGAUGAUCGGUUUACCAGAAUCACUGGUCGGCCUUUUGAGAGAUUCCUCCAGUGGCUAUGCACUGACUGCCUAUGCCAUGUACAAGAUUGCAACCCCAGCUAGAUAUGCAGUGACUUUGGGCGGGACCUCACUGUCUGUCCAGUACCUCCGGAAGCAUGGCUACAUGUCCACACCCCCGCCAGUUAAGGAGUACUUCCAGGACAAAAUGGAGGAAACGAAGGAGAGGUUCACGGAAAAGAUGGAGGAAACAAAAGGACGUAUCUCUGAGAAAAUGGAGGAGACUAAAGACAAGCUUUCUGGGAAACUGCAGGAAACCAAAGACAGAGUUUCGGAGGGAAAAGCAUUUUUUCGAAAAGAAAAGUGAUUAGCAGGUUUACGCAUAAGCAAGCGUGGCGCCUGCUGGUAAAGUGUCCAGUAAAGAUUUUAUUUAGUCAAAUUGAUGAGUGUGGGCGGAUGACACUUAUUUCUUUGACUGGAGGUGUGAGACUUUGCACUAUCCCCCGUCUUGACACGCCUCUGUUAUCGCCUGGUGUCUAUUUACGUGUCAAAUCUGCCCCCCAGUUGUCUGAACCCUUCUACAAUGCACUGCAAAUGUAGAGCAGAAAGCAGCUUAGCUGCAGAAGGCUCCAUCGCCUUGGCAGGAUUCUAGACUUGAUCUGGACUGAGCUGUUUCUUGGCUGCAAAGCAAUUGUCAGUUUUAAUUGAACACUUAGGAAGCCUGGGUUUUACACUGCACCAGAUAAACAUGGCUAAGGAGACGAAGCUGUGAUAAUUCUUCCUUCUGAUCAGGAAAUAAAACUUGAAGGUGGUCAUUAAUGUCAGUUUGAAGCCUUUCUUAAGGCUGGAGAUUUCACAUUGUGUCUUUAACUGUUUAGCAGGAAAUUGUUAUUCUAAUGAAUUUUUCUCUGAUAGCCAAAUCCAAUAUAUCACAUUGUUUGUGGUUUUUGCAAUAGGUAAUGGGUCGACUAAGUCAUGAGUUGGAAAGAACUAUUUACAUGAUCAAUUAAAAGUGAAAAUGGAA